AGUUGUAGGGGAGCGUGGACCGGAGCGGAAGCUCAGACUGUUGUCCUUCCUCCUGCCCGACUCUCAGGAUGAGGAUCGGUCACAGUUUGUCUGUAUGUCUCUGAUUAAAUCACACACCAGCAGCUCCUCUCCCACCUCCCGAAUGCAGGUAAGAACUGACCAACUGCAUUUCGGAGUGGUGUUUUGCGUUGCUUAUAUCGUUGAGUGUCAAAAACGCCUGACGUCUCCAGCUCUGCCUUCUGAAGAUCAGCUGAGACAAUAAUGUGUGUGAACUGUAACUUAAUAAACACGAGAGAACAGUGUUUCAACCUACUGCGCGCCUCAUCGUUUGUGCUGAUUUACACAUGACCGUAUUUGGAGAUGCCGAGGACCGUCUGAGCUGGAGCGGGUGACAUGGCCAGACCUGCUCCUGCUUGUCAUGUUCUGCUUGUCAGCUCAGCUCGCCAGCUAAACUUAUUUCAUCUAAAUCACCCAUGUUUAAGAGAUCAAAACUUUUUGCCUUCACUGCGCAGGCAAGAACAGCUAAUAAUAGCCUUACAUAACAAAGCCCGCUAUUUGAGUAGCUGACAACUGUGGUGACUCGCUGUAAUGCGAAACACGCCACGACACUUCGAGGACGAGUUUUAACAGCACGUGCAAGAAGAUUAACAGGCAUGCCAAAGGAAAAAUAUGAUCCUCCAGACCCACGCAGAUUAUACACCAUCAUGUCAGCCGAGGAAGUGGCCAGUGGAAAGAAAUCACACUGGACCGAGUUGGAGAUUUCUGGGCGGGUCAGAAGCCUGAGCAGUUCACUAUGGACGCUGACCCAUCUGACUGCUCUCCACAUCAACAACAACAACCUGAGCCGGAUUCCUCCAGAAAUCGCAAAGCUGCCCCAUCUCGUCUACCUGAACCUGUCCUCCAACAAACUGCGCAGCCUGCCAGCAGAACUCGGCAACAUGGUGACUCUCAGGGAAUUGCUUUUGAAUAACAAUUGUUUACGAGUUUUGCCUUAUGAACUUGGUCGGCUGUUCCAAUUGCAAACCCUCGGCCUCAAAGGUAAUCCAUUGUCCCAGGAUAUACUCAACCUGUAUCAGGAGCCUGAUGGAACAAGGAAAUUAUUAAAUUACAUGCUCGACAAUCUUGCAGUCCACCCAGAACAACUCCCCCAAAGACCUUGGAUCACUCUGAGGGAGAGAGACCAAAUGAUGCCCACAGCUGUGUUCACAGUAAUGUGCUACAAUGUAUUGUGCGACAAGUAUGCAACAAGGCAGCUGUAUGGCUAUUGUCCUUCAUGGGCCCUUAACUGGGAGUACAGGAAGAAGGGCAUUAUGGAGGAGAUCACCAACUGUGACGCUGACAUCAUCAGCCUGCAGGAGGUGGAAACCGAGCAGUACUACACUUUCUUUCUGGAAACACUGAAAGAUCGUGGAUAUGAUGGAUUUUUCUGUCCAAAGUCUCGUGCCAAACUCGUGUCAGAACAGGAGCGUAAACAUGUGGAUGGCUGUGGUGUGUUUUUCAAGACCGAGAAAUUUGCUCUGGUGCAGAAACACACAGUGGAGUUCAAUCAAGUAGCCAUGGCGAACUCAGAGGGCUCGGAGGUUAUGCUAAACAGAGUUAUGACCAAAGAUAACAUCGGAGUAGCCGUCCUGCUGGAGGUGAAGAAAGACCUGUUUGCUACUGGCUUAAAGCCACCUCCAGAGAAACAGCUCCUGCUUGUAGCUAACGCCCACAUGCACUGGGAUCCAGAAUACUCGGAUGUGAAGCUCAUCCAGACUAUGAUGUUCCUGUCUGAGCUCAAGAGCAUCGCUGAGAGGGCCUCGGGAUCUAUCAACUCUUCUUCACCCACAUCAGAAACAAGCUCUAUCCCUAUCGUCCUGUGUGCUGAUCUCAACUCCCUCCCAGAUUCUGGUGUGGUGGAGUAUCUGAGCAAUGGCGGAGUUGCAGAAAAUCACAAAGACUUUAAAGAACUGCGCUACAGCGACUGUUUAACUAACUUCAGCUGCAAUGGCAAAAACGGCAAGCCUGAUGGCAGUAUCACACACAGUUUCCAGCUGAAGAGUGCCUAUGAGGGGAAUCUCAUGCCCUACACCAACUACACUUAUGACUUCAAGGGUGUGAUUGACUACAUCUUCUUCUCAAAGACACACAUGAGCGUUCUGGGUGUUCUGGGUCCAUUGGAGACACAAUGGCUGAAGGACAACAACAUAACCGGCUGCCCUCACCCUCACAUCCCCUCCGACCACUUCUCCCUCCUGGCUCAGCUGGAGUACCAUCCGCCUUUACCCCCCCUCAACGGGCUGCAUCUGCCUGUCCACAGUACUGCCUGCGAAAGCAAGAUGCUUACAGAGUGAACCAGCACCAGCAUUCAUCCAUCCACUCAUCCUUCCAUCCAUCCAUCCAUCCAUCCAUUUCUUCACCAGAGAGGCAUGAUGACUACUAAAUGGCCAUGAUUCAGUUAUAACGUUCUUAUAAAGAAAAGAUGUCAUGGUCAGCAAUGUUCAAAUGAAUUGUUAAUGAAAUUGCUAAAUAUCUGAGGAAUGUAAAUUGGCAGUUUCCCUUGUUUAAUAGCAGCAAUUUUGAUUUCUAAGGUUUUUUUUAAUACAUUUUAAAAACCUUUCAUGUAAUCCUAACAAAAAUUCACAUCAAAGCAUAUUUCCUACAAAUGUAUUCCGAGUGCUCAGAUUAAAAUCCAGAUUGCUGAACAUGCAGUGUUUGUAUAAUAAUAUAUAUAGUUUAAUAUAUAGUAAAAGCAUGCACUAUGGGGGUUGAGUCUUGUUGAGACACUCUAAUUAAUGACAGACAUGUAUUAUUGUAAAGGAACAUUUUGCAAAGAGACCCCAUGUACAAUGAAUAGAAAACCCCUAUAAAAAAGAAGUUCCACAACACAAAGAUGGCUUUUCUCAUUGACUUUUGAGACUUUUUUCAUGCAGUUUCUUCUGGAAUACAUGUUUUGUAAACCUUGUUUAGUCUUUGAACACAUGAUUGGUGAUGAUAUGAGAACAGAACUUGUUGUUGUGUGCGUUUUGCAACUGAAAAUGCUCCUUCAUGAAGCUUAUUUGUAAUACACUAAAUACUCAACAAAAAAACUUGUCCCAAACUCAAAGGCAAUAAAGAUGUUAUUUUAAA